UUCUUAUAACGCAACUUUGUACUGACUGAUCCGUUUAAACGCGAGGAGCGUAUUUAUUGGCGUGAGUGAAAACUAAGUGGGAGAAAGCGCGGUUUACGGUUACGCUAUAUUUUACGGGCGUUCCACGGAAAAUUGAGUAGCAAAGUAAUGGGAAGAAGAAUCAUCUGGAGGUUCUCGUUUCCAAAUUAAAACGAGUAAUUACGAAAUUUCCUUCCCGUUUCACUUCAUCAUCAAUUUUAUGAAUAGAUGGAGCGGAUCUCCAAAUUUCAUAAAUUGAAAAUCGAUUGGAGAUGAUUUCACACUGUCAUUGCAUCUGAUCAGGAAAUUGCAAUCUAGUCGUUACGUGCUUAAUAUGAUCUAGAUAAGAUGCAGAAAUUGAACUUUGUCAUUGAAGUGGUACCACAAAAAAAGGUCCCAGAAAGCUAUCGAACAAAAUUCGGUAUUUGAAACGCCUUGAAGAAGAAUUUUCCAAUACAGUACAUUGCACUAUACCAAACAUGUUUACCUAGUAAUCCAGGUGUACUUUUGUUCAGAACUGUGUGAUUUAAAUGUAAAUUUGUUUAAUUAUAGACAGCAGUUCGUGAAACUCUACAUUUGUUGCCAGGUUAACGCCGUAAAUAAGCUGCCACAAAUUCAAAUACCUUCCUUAGAAUUGGAAGGUUGAGAAAUAGAGAUUUCACACGCAUAGAAGAAUUCCCUUUAUAUUUUUGAGAAAACAAUUUGGAAAACGUCUCUUUCUGUUGCCACUCGCAACAAAAUAAUUAUUUCACACACUGAGAAUUGAAUGUUAUAGUCAAUACUUUGAAACUUUCCAGAAUGGUCGCAGAUUUUGUACACAUAUUACCCAUAUAGGGGCGAGAUUCCGAAAAGAAUAACCCUAAAGGAGGCUACUAAAGAAAACCAGGUCAGCCGCAACCCUAACGCUGAAAGUUGAAGGGUCUUCAAGGGUGUGGUUGUUGAAUAAGAAGGCUUUUUAUGUUCACUUAAGUGAUUUCAAGAGCCCACCAGCGCGUUAUAGGCCGUUUCAUGUGUUGCAGGUGCCUUUUGUUAUCUUUAGUACAUUUACAGAUACCUACACAUAUUUAUCUAUGAAUUUGAAGGACUCGCGAAAUCUUUCUGAGAUUUACAGAACUGCUUUAGGGACCUGUACAUGAAGGAAUCGACAGCUGCGCCUUCAGCUUGAGAAUUUCAUUCCCCAAGUGUUGUUUCAAGUUGGGGAACAAAUAGAGUAGUCACUGUGGGGUCUAAAUAUCAGAGCUGUACGGAUGAUUGUCAAUGAUUUCCCAGUCGAAUCUGACGAUGAGAUCCGUCGUGAUGUGGGCGACGCGAGAGCGGACGUUGUCAAGGUGCAAACGAACUCCCUUUGCCAGUCCACCCCUACUUUUGUUCUAUAGGGUGUUUUUUUGAAAGCUUUAGUUAAACGUUUCUGGGAAAGUGAAAUAGAUAGGUUUUUGAAAAUGUGUACUUAGGAAUUACUCUGAAGGUCGAUAUAAAAUACUUUCAAAGUGGUUGCACCUAUUUUUUGUUUCUACGUGAAAUUUCGGUUCUUUUAAUACCCACAUGUCAAGAUCUACCAUUUGUGGUUUUUAAGUUAUUUUAACUGCUGUAUAUUUUGGAAAUAUCGUCCAAAAAGUUUGCUAUAAAAGCCAAAAAAACUCAUGAAUGCUUCAUUGCAUAAUUUGAAGAGUUUUUCUAUUUUGUCAUGCCCUGUAUAUCAAAAUCGUCUACUCUGUGGUUUUUUAUGACAUAACCUAUAAAUUUCCCCAUGUAAACCAAAAAGUUAUGGCUUUUGUUAUCAAAUUUGUGAAAGGCGUCAGAAAUCAUUGGAAAAAGUCCAUAUUUGCAGCGGUCGCAUUAACUUACGGCUGUAAUUAUGCCAAGGAAUACUACGAAAUACAACAACUCAUGCGAGUUUACUGUAAGGAAGCCGCCGAGUACGGUAAAGCGCCGAUCGCCUCCGACGAGAAUCCUAGGCACAUAACGAUUAUUCUAAAUCCGAACGCAAACAAGCGGAAAGCAAUGAAAGAGUACGAAAAGUAUUGUGCGCCGAUUUUAAACUUGGCCGGGAUAUACGUUGACGUUAUUCAGACAGAUGCCGAAGGACACGCGAAAACUUUAAUGGAUAAUUUGGAGGCGACUAAUGCGGUUGUUGUCGCUGGUGGUGACGGUACAUUAUCAGAAGUGGUUACCGGAUUGAUGCGCAAAUCAGAAACGAAUAAAGUAGAUUUACCAAUCGGUGUGCUGCCGUUAGGAAGAACGAACACUAUAGGUAACAGGUUAUUUCCGGGUGGGGACCAUUUGCAAAAUAUUCGCUCGCUUGCCGAUGCUUCCCUUGCUGUUAUUAAAGCGCAUAUGAAACCUAUAGACGUUAUGAAAAUUGAGGUCUUACAAGAUGAAGAGUUGCAAGGUAAAGUUAUAUAUGCCGUGUCAUCUGUAAAAUGGGGCGCAUACCGAGAUGCGCAGGCUCGUAAGGACAAAUACUGGUAUUUUGGACCUUUGAGGAGCUAUGCAACCUAUAUUUUUAACGGGUAUAAAAGCACACUGAGUUGGAAUUGUAACGCAAAUAUUAACUACACGUUGCCUUGCGAAGGGUGCAAGAAUUGUGUGCGUUUGCCCGAGGAGAGGAGGCGUUGGUAUCAUCGGUUUUUACCUUACAAAACUCAAAGUGUGGUCGUGCCAAGAACUGUUAACGCUCUCUGCGAGGAGAUACAUCAGAAGUACAUCUCGACUUCGGAUUUUGCUGUCGCGACAACAAACGCAUUGGGCGGUUACGAUAGUUUACCACAAUUAAAGCUAAAUCUGGGGCCCAAUUCCGUCGAUUAUUUUGAUUUUGUGAGCGAAGGUUGGAGGUCGGAGCACGGUCACGAUCGUAAUGUAAAGGAAACCAUCUUAGCCAAAGAAAUUGAAAUUAAACCGGAUGAAUUAGAGCACACUGACAGAUGGUUUUCAAUUGAUAAUGAAGAGUUUGAAUUGAAGCCUGUGAAGGUGACUUUAUUACCAAAGUCGGUUUUAAUCUAUUGCAAAGAAUCUAAAUAAUAGGAUCAAGCUGUUUUUUUUUUAAUAUAAUUGAAUCUAUUUGCAGUUUA